AUGGCAAGAAAUCAGGUCUCCCAGCCUUCGGUUGAAGAUUUUGAUGCAUUGGAUUCAAUGAAUCCUGUCGAGUACGCAAAGAAAGAGAAGAAAUUGGUCAGGAAAAUCGACAUCCGACUAAUGCCAUGUCUCAUUCUUAUGAUUAUCUUAAACUACCUAGACCGAAAUGCUUUGGCAAAUGCUCGAGUCCAAGGUAUCGAGAAAGACUUGGGUUUGGAAGGAGAUCAGUUCAAUACUUGUAUCUCGGUUCUUUUCGCAGGAUACAUUGCACUUCAGAUACCGUCGAACGCAAUUAUCACCCGGACGAGACCUAGUCUCUACCUUCCGUUCUGUAUGGCGAUUUGGGGUAUUGUGUCUAGCAUGACUGCAUUGGUACAAAACUUCACCGGUCUAGUCUUGGUUCGAUUCUUCCUAGGAUUCGUUGAAGCGCCUUACUUUCCCGGUGCACUGUUCUUACUCUCAUCAUGGUACACACGCGAGGAGCUGGCAUUACGAACAUCAAUCUUGUAUGCCGGUAGUCUCCUCUCGGGAGGCUUUGGCGGUCUUGUUGGCGCCGGCGUCCAAUCUGGCUUGAAUGGAGCAAGAGGCAUUGCAUCUUGGAGAUGGCUAUUCAUCAUUGAGGGUUCAAUUACAGUCUUCGUCUCCAUUUGCGCUGCAUUCAUCAUCCCAGAUUUCCCGCACACAACCAAAUGGCUAAGCCAAGAAGAGAGAGCUAUUGCUACUAAGAGACUCCAGCAUACGAGUGGAAGUCAUGAUACUGAGCGAGGUCCCUUGCUUGGUGGAAUCAAGAUGGCGGUGCUGGAUUACAAAGUCUGGCUUCUUGCCCUGAUAAUAAUCACCAAAACCAUCGCAGGAGCAGUAACAUCCUUUAUCCCCACCCUCGUAGCAACCUUCCACUACACCCCCGUCCAAACCCUCCUCCUCGUUGCCCCGCCCUACGUCUUCGCCACCCUAAUCGCCCUCCUCAUCUCCCGCUCCUCCGACAAACAUUCCGAGCGCGCCUUCCACAUCAUCGUCCCCAUCUUCUUCGGCAUGGCUGGCUUCAUCAUCGUCGCCGCCACUGAGGUCCUCGGUGCGCGGUAUCUCGGGCUGUUUUUGGGUCUCGCGGGAGUUUAUGGGAGUUACAACGUUGCGUUGGCUUGGAUCAGUAGUACACUACCGAGACCAGUCGAGAAGAGAGCAGCGGCGAUAGCGAUCGUUAAUACCGUGGGCAAUAUCGCGCAGAUUUACUCCCCGUAUAUGUACCCCAGCUCGGAUGGGCCGCGGUAUCUCUCUGCUAUGAUUGCUAAUGCGAUUUUCUGUCUCGCGUGUAUCGUGACAACGCUGUUUCUACGGUGGUGUCUUAUGCGGGAGAAUGUCAAGUUGGAGGUCUUGGAGGUUAGGGAUGCGGUUGGGCAGGAGGGGGAGAAGGAGGUGGAGGCAAUGGAGGAGAUUGUUGAUGUGGGGAGGGGUGGGGAGGUGGUUCUUAGGAGGGGGUUUAGGUAUGUUUUGUAA